ACAAAAUACAUCAACACGUGCAAGUGUUUUAUUUACAAAAAUAUAUUUUUAAAUUUAUUGGCGUACAUUAAUAUAUAGUGCAUCAACAUGAAUAAUAAUAAUUGGAAUAAUAAUGAUAACAGUGGUAGAGGUGGUAGAGGAAGGCGAAAUGGUAGAGGCCCUAGAAAUAAUCAAAGGCAAAAUAAUGGUAAUAGCUUUUCAGGAAGAAGUGAAAGAAAUUUCCCAAAAUUUGCUGACAAUGAUUACAUUAAUAAUGAAUCGAAUAAUUGGAACUAUGAUAACAAUGCAAACAAUAAUUUUAAUAAUAACAGAAAUGUUGAUGGAGCUGGCAUUUUUCCCUGGAUUAGAAAACAUCCAGUCAAUCCGCUAAUAAUACCACCAAUAGAGCAAAUUAAUAAUGAACCAUAUUACGAGGAACACACAAAUAUUAAUAAAUUUGAUGCACAGAACUUGCAGGAACCUGUAGAAAAUGCGUCUUUACCUAAGGCGAAUGAUAAAGAUAACUCUGUCUCCAGAAGUAGGAAUAAUUCUGUGUCUACAAUUGCAAAAUCAGAUGCUGGAGUAGCUGAAACACCUAAAACUGAGACUGAGACAAAUGUUAAAAUUAAGCAGGAAAAAGUUCUGACAAUAAAAUUAAAACAAGAAAGAAAAUCCUCAAGUUCAUCAUCAUCUAGUGAAUCAUCUUCAAGCGAUGAAGAACCUGAGACUACUAAAAAACCAGCAGUAGUUAAGAAAGCGGCAAAACCAUCAUCGUCACCACUUAAUAUUAAACUAAAACCUAAAGCCAAUCCUGUAAACUCAACACCAGUAAAGGCAGCUCAAAAGUUAAAAACUGUACCAGAACCAUCAUCAUCGUCGUCAUCAUCAUCAUCUUCCGAUGAAGAAGCUAGUGCGCCUCCAGCUGCAAAAGUUGAAAAAAAGUCAAAGUCACAACAAGUUGCAAAAAAAGAAACUAAAACGUCAAAAAAGAAAAUUAGCUCAGAAGAUGAUGUUGUUUGCAUUGGAAAAUUGGAAAAUAAAAUCGUAUUAGAAGAUGAAAGUGAAGACGACGAAAACACUGAAAGUGAAAUCGAAGAAGAAGAAGCUAAAACAACGAUUUUAAAUAAAAAGACUACGAAAUCCGCUAAAAAGACUGCAGAAAAAUGCAUGAUUUGCGGUAAAAAAGGUCACACUUCAUUUCAAUGCCAAAUGAUUUGUAAAAAUUGCUCUGGACCAUAUCAUGGCUAUCGCACGUGCCCACAACCGGCCAAUUUAAAUACAAUGCUGCAAUUGUAUAUGGAAUUUUGUAUGCAACAGUUGCAAAAUUUUAAUGCCGCAAAACAAAUGGAAACAAAUCCUAGUGAUAGCAUUCCUAAGCCGCAGGUCGAUUCACCUUUUUCAUCAAUUGGCAAUAACAAAGCAAAUAAACUCAAAAGAAAACAUGCAAAGGCAAUCGAAACCAAAACUAAAACAAAAAAAUCUAAAAAACGUAAAGUAUCUGCUACAAAAAAGAAAAGCUCUAAAGUCGAUAGUGAUGACAGUAGUGACGAAACUGAAGACGAUUCUGAUUCCGAAACAUCUGCAACAGAAUCAGAAGAGGAAUCUUCCGACUCACCUGUUGAAAGCUUAGUUUCUUCUAAGAAGAAACUCAAAAUGAAGAAUAAAAAUGCUUCAAAAGCCGCACUUAACUUAUCAAAUUUGACUACAAAUCCAGCCAAUUUACCUCUGGUUUUAAAUGGUUUUCCCAAUUUAACAGUUGGAACUCCAACUAAACAGAAUGCUAAUACAUCAACAAAUGCUUUAAAUACCUUACUAUUAACGCAAAUGUUUCAAAAUGCGAUCGGCUCUUUAAAACAAUAAUGUUAUUAUAAAACUUAUUUUAUAAGAAAA